GUAACCACACGCCACACAUUCUUUUCAUAAAAUAUUAUCUGAACAUCUUACCUUUACUAUUUAUUUUUUCGGCAUUCUUUUAUUCUAAAUUUUUUGUAAGAAUAUAGUCUCUGAAAUAUUCGUUUCUUGAAUUGAAAGUUGUAUUUAUUCUUUGGUUCUGGUCCAAGAAAAAUGCAAAUUUUUGUGAAAACGUUGACCGGGAAGACGAUAACUCUCGAAGUAGAGUCGUCUGAUUCUAUUGAAAAUGUGAAAUCUAAAAUUCAAGAUAAAGAAGGAAUCCCACCUGAUCAACAAAGAUUAAUAUUUGCUGGAAAACAACUUGAAGAUGGACGCACAUUAUCUGAUUAUAAUAUUCAAAAAGAAUCUACCCUUCACUUGGUUCUUAGAUUAAGAGGUGGUGCCAAGAAACGUAAGAAGAAGAAUUAUUCGACUCCAAAAAAAAUCAAGCAUAAGAAAAGGAAGGUCAAGCUUGCUGUAUUGAAAUUUUAUAAAGUAGAUGAAAACGGAAAAGUUAUCCGUUUAAAGAAAGAAUGCACAUCAGAAAACUGUGGUCCUGGUGUAUUUAUGGCUGAUAUGUCAAAUAGGCAUUAUUGUGGAAAGUGCUCUGCAACUGUACCUAAAUAAUUUCUUUUAACUAUAUGUUCAAAUCUGUAUGAAUAAUAUAUGACACAUUUUAAAUAAAAUAGAAGUUUAGUUAUUUUA